AUGACCAACCAGACUUCACAUGGCCCGACAGCCGGCCAGAAAACUGCGCUCGUCACAGGAGCAGGAAUUGGCGGAAUAGGAGGUUCACUCGCGACUGAGCUUCAUCAAGCCGGCUAUUUUGUUAUUUGCGCUGUGCGGCGACCGUCCAGUAUAGACGAUCUCCUAAGACCUGGCAUGGUGGCCAUUGAGUUGGAUGUCACAUCAACGGAAUCGAUAAUAACCGCCGUCAAGAACGUCUCAUCCAUCACCAACGAGAAGCUUGAUGUUUUGAUCAACAAUGCAGGAUCCGCUACUCAUAGGCCCGCCUUGGAUCUGGAUGUUGAUGGCGUUGUUGCAUCAAUGUUUGAUGUCAACGUUCUUGGUGUUAUGAGAAUGGUCAAAGCUUGCUCCGACCUGUUGAUAAAUGCAAAAGGAUGUAUCGUUAAUAUUGGCAGCAUCGCUCCAAUUGUACCCUUGGUGUAUUCCUCUGCUUAUAACGCGAGCAAAGCUGCACUCCAUGCCUAUGGGGAUUCUCUUCGGAUGGAGCUCCAGCCUCUCGGAGUUGAUGUUAUUACUGUCAUCACUGGUGGGGUAAAGAGUAAUAUAAUUCGGGAACAAAACCCAUCCCUGCCGAAGGGCUCACGGUACCUUCCCGUUGAAAAUUUCUGGCUACAGCGGGUUAUGUUGUCUCAAAAGGGGGCAAUGGAUACAGACGACUACGCUCGCAACGUGGUCAGAAUGAUACAAAAGAAGAAACGGCCACUGUGGUUCUGGAGCGGAGGUUCAAUUUCCAUCGCGUGGUUCCUGUACUACUUUGUACCGCGGAGUGCCAGGCUGUUCAUAAUGGCUAGACGUUUUGGUCUUACGGCGCAGAAGCUAAUCGCGCGGUAA